UACUUUUACUCAUGUUUAAGAAAAUGGUAAAAAUAAUAUAGUUGGCGUUUGUAGUGAUUGCUAUGGUAAAUAGUGCUCGUUACUAGUGUGAAGCAGGGUUAUUCUAACACUUUGGUGAAUCAAAAUAACAAGCUUGAAGAAAACGUGGCCCUGGGACUAAAAUUAAACCUGAAAUUGAAUAUGAUUAAAGCAAAAAAUAUUUGUUGGGCGGAUACUUUAGUCAGGUCUUAAAUUUGUUGUGCGUAACUUUACGCGUAUGAUAUCACAGUAUCGCGCGAGUAAUGUAAAAGCGUUGUUUCAGACUCGCUCGCGCGAUACUAUGACGUCAUAAGGUGAGCGGGCUGCGCAGCUGCUUUGGACUCCUGUUCUCUGUUCUCUUAUUUAAAACUUUUGUAAAACGUGGAUGUUCGUACGGAUGAAGUAAACGGUUGUUAGUCUGGAAUGUGUCGCGUCUGCAAAAGUCAGUUUUAUGAGCCUUUAAAGUUUCACGAUAUCGGAAAACAUCUGUUUCCGACUAAACCGCUAAUAAUGUGGCGACAGGCGUCUGAGAGUGUGUACGUGUGUGCGAAUAUAAAGUUAUUGAUCGCUUUCUCUUCACAUUCAUGAUCUUUCUUUGAUGUUGCGCUUUCCGCGAGCGCAUAGAUCUGAGCGCUGGGCGUGUCCUCGAGCUGAUCUAACCAAUAGCUCGGCCGUGCUCGAGUGAUUGACAGAUCACCGGCGAGGAUAAAAUCACCUGCGUGCGCUCAGUGAUGUAAAGCGCGUGGUGACUCUGAAGGGGUCAGAGGUCAUGUCGUCUGCAAUGAAACUGCUGUUCAGCUGCUUGCUGUUGCUGCCCUAUCAAUUUGAAGCUAAAUCCAUGUUGAACCUCCUCAAACAGGGAGAUGUUGCUUCAGUGAGUAUCGACUCCAACAAGGCAAAUGAAUUCCUGUCCAACUCUCGACCCAAACGCAACGUGGAUCCAAACUGGCACAGACAGACUCCAGACUUCCAGGCGUAUUACAGAUACUACAGCAGCAUCGGACACACAGAGGGAUUGUAUGAGAUCGACAGGAUCAGGAUGAUAUAUCAGCAGAUGAGACAGCUGGAACAGGUUUACGGUCCAAACGCCUCUUACUACCAGAGCAAACUGGGCAUUCCAGUCCUGCCUCCGCUUCCCAAAUGUGACCCCGCCAAAGACAAGUCCUGCAAACCGCCUCCUCCCGAGAGAGCACCACCUGCUCCCGCACCGGUCAAAGCCCCCGCGCCCCCACCCAUCUCUCAGGCUGACGUCAUCUAUCUCUGCAACAGCAAAGACCCCCUGUGUAAGCCGCACAUCGUCUACAUGCCCACCGGUGCCGUGCCGGUGCUGUGUGACCCGAGAUACCAUUCCACCUGCAAACUGCAGGGACCGCCCCCUCCUCCACCCAUCCUCGUCAAAAAAUCUGAGCCUCCCCCGCCCGCUCCUAUGACGUUUAAGGGGAUGGAAUUCGACUGUGACCCGUACUGGGAUCCAGACUGUCUCAUCGACCACCCGCCACGCUCUGUGAAGGGUAAAGCUCCGCCCCCAGCACCCGUGAUGGAAGAGGAGGAAGAGGAGGCGGAACCAGCUCCACCAGUGCCCAUCGCUAAGAAACACCCACACCCUUAUUACCUUUAUCCCUACAACUACCAGUCAGAACUCUAUGACCCGUACCGAUACCCCAUUGCAUCUGCAGACACAGCGGCCGACAGCGCAUAAAGCACACACGCACAUGCACACACCGCUGGGAAAGCUGCAUACAAACUGUUAUGUGUGUGUUGAGGAGAAACUUUGAUGAACCAUUAAAGUUGUUUUUCACCCAUG